GAAGAACCGAUCGAUGAAAGUGUAACUGAGUUCUAUAGCGGCGAGUGGAAAAACGACUCGCGUAGCGGAUUUGGCGUCUGUGAGCGAUCGGACGGAUUGCGAUAUCAGGGCGAAUGGGCGAACAACACGAAAAACGGCUAUGGCGCGACGACGUUGAGAGACGGAACUCGCGAAGAAGGCAAGUACAAGAACAAUGUGCUGGUGGUGUCAAGCCGACGGAAAGGCAUGUUGUUCGUGCGAAGCAGUAAACUGAAGGAACGAGUCGAAGCUGCCGUAGAGACGGCGAAUCGAGCCGCCAGUAUUGCACAGCAAAAGGCGGACAUUGCCGUUUCGCGUACAUCAACGGCUAAGGAGCGGGCCGAGCAAGCAAUGUUCGUGGCCAAACAGGCUCGAGACGAUGCCGAGAUGGCCAGAAUGGAAGCCGAACGUUUCGAUCCCAACUUCAAGCCCCAG